UGAAGCAACCCCUUUUAAAACACAAGAACCAACCCAAUACGCAUCAGAAGAACCCUAAAUUCCAGGAAGAGGAAACAAGAAGGUCCCAAAGGAUAAUCAAAAGCUAAAGCUUCAAGCAAACGAAAGCUUCGUUUUUUUGGGUUUUUUUUUUCUUCUUAAAGUCACAAGCUUUCGAUUUUGGUUUUAGUGUACACACACGCAAGAAAUCGCGUGAGGAUUUGGUUCCAGGCCUUGCAAAAGGGCCUCUCUGUAUUUAGGGCUGUUUUGUUCUGUCCUAGUUCUGAAAAAUUGAAGCUUGAUUUUGGCUAAAGAGAGCAGCGAUGUGUAGUUUGUCGGCGAAUCUGUUGUUACCGACAAAGCUGAGACCAGCUUAUCCGGACAAACGGAGUAAUAGUAGCAGCUCACUCUUUGUCGCCAAUAGAAGAUCCAAGAGGAAGAACCAAUCGAUUGUUCCCAUGGCAAGAUUGUUUGGACCGGCAAUUUUCGAAUCAUCCAAAUUGAAAGUAUUGUUUUUAGGGGUUGAUGAGAAGAAGCAUCCAUCAACGCUCCCAAGAACUUACACGCUCACUCACAGUGACAUUACAGCUAAAUUAACUUUAGCUAUUUCCCAUUCUAUAAACAAUUCUCAGUUACAAGGAUGGGCAAAUAAGAUAUACCGAGAUGAAGUGGUAGCAGAAUGGAAAAAAGUGAAAGGGAAAAUGUCUCUUCAUGUUCACUGUCACAUAAGCGGUGGCCAUUUCCUGUUAGAUCUAUUCGCAAAGUUUCGAUAUUACAUUUUUUGCAAAGAACUACCAGUGGUGCUCAAGGCUUUUGUGCAUGGCGAUGGGAACCUGUUGAACAGCUACCCUGAGUUGCAAGAAGCUCUUGUUUGGGUUUAUUUCCAUUCUAACGUCGAUGAGUUCAAUAGAGUAGAGUGUUGGGGUCCGCUUUGGGAAGCUACUUCGCAUGAUGGUCACAGGACUCAAACUCUUCCUGAGACUCGGUGCGCGGAUGAGUGCAGCUGUUGUUUUCCACCGGUUAGCUCGAUUCCGUGGUCUCAUAGUCUUAGUAAUGAAACAGCUAGUGGUUACUCUGGGGCUCAGGCUGAGGGAAUUUCUACUCCUAAUCCGGAGAAACUCUAGUGAUUGAAUACUUUUUUAUCAUCCUUUUUGGUGGUUUGUAAAGUGAAAAGGGAAUGGAAGAUCUUUCCUUCUGAUGGAUCAUCUAGUAUUGGUUUGGUUUGGUUUGGUUGGGUUUGGUUUGGUGUACAUAAUGUGGUAUAGGAAAAUAAUGAUUGUUUGUAGGUUUACUAGUGCCAAAUUAAGUUAAAAAUGUUUAGUA